UGAGAGGAGAGUGGGAGAAACUGAGAGAGAGUAGGAGGAAUGAAAAUAAGAGUUUAUAUGCAAGUCAGCAUCACAACUGGAUGCACACCAUUUCAUCAGCACAGACCUUUAUGUUAUGUAAGGCAAAGGGUGUCUGGAGAAAUUCUUAGCACUGGAAACCAACCAACAGUUCCCCAGUCAGUGUGAUGCCACAAGUCUCCUUUGAAUCCUAAAUCAAUUUACCCAUCACAGCUACUCAAACAUCUAUUAGACCCUUGUACUCUCAGCUGAACUCCAGCAAGUUGCCCUCGAAAUACCUUCACAGUGUUUUCUAAAAACAUCUCAAAUGGUCUCAUUCUUCCCCAUAAGCAAACUUUCACCAUAAAUAAUGUAAUGUUAUUGAAAUUUCGCCACAACUCCUAAAUAAGUCGUUUUAACGAGAGAAAGAGGAGGACAGCACAGCAUUUAUGUCAAACGUGAUACUGCACUAUCUUUGUUGUGCUCAUGGCAAAAAAUACGAGUUCCUCCUCAGUCUUAGAAAAAUGGGAUUCUAUACCAAUUGAACAGUCAUCCGAACCCAUUUUUAAAACCCCUUCCCCCUUUUGGAAUCAGGAUUUAAUAUACAGAAGAUCCAGACGAGUACAGGAAUCCACACCUGAUGUUGUCACAGGUGGAUUUAACUUGUAUUCUUACAGGUGUGAUUUAGGCUCUGUCACGACCCCAGACCUCUCUUGUGUUAUAGGAGCAAAUCAGAUCCACCCUUCACCGAGUCUGAACUCUACAAGUAGGAGAUAUCUACCACCUUCAUCAAAAUUCCUUGUCAAUGACCCAAACAUGCUGCACAGUCUUGGAAGGGGUACUUCAUACUGGAAUUAUUUAACUCCAGAAGUAGGACAUGCACCUGUUAAAGGUUUCAGAAAGCUGGAUAAUCCACAGAUCGACCCAUUGUCAGCUUCAUAUUUGUAUAGAGGGGUUGUUAGGGAUACUCUAAGAAGAGAUAUUCCAACUGAGGAAGUCAAAUUAUGCAUGCAAAAAGAGAGACCGAGAUAUCCACAUUGGUACCACGAACCGCAAAAUCAGAGAAUCUGCUCCAAAAGAGAUCAUGAGAGACAUUAUGUGACAAACAACCCACUUCUAGGUUCUCUAUUACAUACAGAUUCUAAUAGAGAAUAUUUUAGACACAAUAUUGAGUACAACCAUCACCAGCAGCUCGAUUUGAACCGCUCUACUCAUGCUGGGCCUGAAGAAUCAAAGCGGGAAAGUGAAAAGCAAAAAAGAGAGGAGCUCCCCCUGCUGGUCUGGAGAGACGAAUCAGAAAAACACAAUCACCAAACGAACACUAGCACACACUCUAAAUCCUCAUCUUCUGCCCUGAGGGUUCUCCAUCGCUUUGCAGAAGGCUCUUUGGUGGAGCUUGAAGGCGGUCGACUGAAGCGGGUGGAGGAUUUAAGGAUGGAUGAUUUGGAGAGGUGUGCUCAGUUACAUCCUGAGCUGACGCUGAGGCGUUUCACUGUGUUGAAGUUGACACCUUCACACACACCAACGCUCUCAUGUUUACAUGUGGAGAUUGAGCAUGACCAUUCACAGUUGUCUCUGGAGGUGAGUGAAGGGCUGCCCUUCUUCGUUUGUGGGCAUGGCUGGUCCUCCUGUAACCCUCAACAUACAAGUCAAACCUGCAGACUACAAUGCCGCAAACUUAAGGUGGGUGAUGUGUGCCUGGCACUAACGCAUUUGGCCACCUCUUCAUCUCUGCCUGCCAAUCAGAGCCUAGCUGAAGUGGGUGGAGAUCACACAGUCCCAAAGUUUCAUGCCGAAACCAACCCCACACUGCAGCAAAAGCAUAAAUCAAGAAAGAGACACUUCACAGCUCCUGAACUCAGGGAAAUUUCCAAGGUACACCACACCGAAGACUGAGCAGCUUUGUAGAAUUAUAACAAAACAAACAAAAAAAAAUUCUCAGAAUUACAGUUAAAACACAGUUUUUUUAAUUGUACAAGUCUUUGUACAUUGUAAAUACAAUCUUUUUAAAGUAAAUAUGUGUACAUAGUAACUGCAAUGUUACCGAAUCAGUUACACUACCGUUCAAAGGUUUAGGGUCAGUGAGUUAAUUUUUUAAAAUAAAUAUUUUUAAUGAUAAUAUUUUUAUUUUAUAAGUGGUAAAACGUGAUGGUACAUUUUUUUUUACAUUGUUA